GAACAAACUGCUUUCCUUGUGUUUGUGGAUUCCCUGGGUAGUCCGAGUCCUCCCCUCUGGGCUGGAUCAGCUGCUUUGGAGAUUAGUUUCAUAGUAAAGAUUCUUUCUGUAAAGCAGUAUGGAGGGACUGCUUUCACAGGGGCACCAGCCCCUUUGCUCUUGCCCUGUCUGAAGCCAACAUGUCACUGAAAAAUGAGCCAAGAGUAAAUACCUCUGCACUGCAGAAAAUCGCUGCUGACAUGAGUAAUUUGAUAGAAAAUCUGGACACACGGGAGCUGCACUUUGAGGGAGAAGAGGUGGAUUAUGAUGUGUCUCCCAGCGACCCCAAGAUACAGGAAGUGUGUAUUCCUUUCUCUGCUAUUUAUAAGACUCAAGGAUUUAAGGAGCCUAAUAUACAGACGUAUCUCACCGGCUGUCCAAUAAAAGCCCAAGUUCUGGAAGUGGAGCGCUUUACAUCUACAACAAGGGUACCAAGUAUCAAUCUUUACACUAUUGAAUUAACACAUGGGGAAUUUAAAUGGCAAGUUAAGAGGAAAUUCAAACACUUUCAAGAAUUUCAUAGAGAGCUGCUCAAGUACAAAGCUUUUAUCCGAAUCCCCAUUCCCACCAGAAGGCACACAUUUAGAAGACAGAAUGUCAAAGAAGAGCCUCGAGAGAUGCCAAGUUUGCCCCGUUCAUCUGAAAACAUGAUCAGAGAAGAACAAUUCUUCGGUAGAAGGAAACAACUGGAAGACUAUUUGACAAAGCUACUGAAAAUGCCCAUGUAUAGAAACUACCAUGCAACAACAGAAUUCCUUGACAUAAGCCAGCUGUCUUUCAUCCAUGAUUUGGGACCAAAGGGCAUAGAAGGUAUGAUAAUGAAGAGAUCCGGGGGACACAGAAUACCAGGCUUGAAUUGCUGUGGUCAGGGAAGAGCCUGCUACCGCUGGUCAAAAAGGUGGUUGAUAGUGAAAGAUUCCUUUUUACUGUAUAUGAAACCAGACAGUGGUGCCAUUGCCUUCGUCCUGCUGGUAGAUAAAGAAUUCAAAAUCAAGGUGGGGAAGAAGGAGACAGAGACAAAAUACGGGCUCCGAAUUGAUAAUCUUUCAAGGACUCUUAUUUUAAAAUGCAACAGCUAUAGACAUGCUCGGUGGUGGGGAGGGGCUAUAGAAGAAUUCAUCCAGAAAUAUGGUACCAACUUUCUCAAAGACCAUCGAUUCGGGUCCUAUGCUGCUAUCCAAGAGAAUACAUUAGCCAAAUGGUACGUUAAUGCCAAAGGAUAUUUUGAAGAUGUGGCAAAUGCAAUGGAAGAGGCACAAGAAGAGAUUUUUAUCACGGAUUGGUGGCUGAGUCCAGAAAUCUUCCUGAAACGCCCGGUGGUUGAAGGAAAUCGUUGGAGGUUGGACUGCAUUCUUAAACGAAAAGCACAAGAGGGGGUGAGAAUCUUCAUAAUGCUCUACAAAGAGGUGGAACUUGCUCUUGGAAUCAACAGUGAAUACAGCAAGAGGACUUUAAUGCGUCUACACCCCAACAUAAAGGUGAUGAGGCACCCAGAUCAUGUAUCAUCCAGCGUGUAUCUGUGGGCUCAUCAUGAGAAAAUUGUUGUCAUCGACCAGUCAGUGGCUUUUGUGGGUGGGAUCGACCUGGCCUAUGGAAGGUGGGAUGACAACGAACACAGACUCACGGACGUGGGCAGUGUGAAGCGUGUCACUGUAGGACCAUCUCUGAGUUCCUUCACAGCUGAAACAACAGAGUCCAUGGAAUCCUUAAGCCUUCAAGAUAAAAACAAAGCUAGUAACAAUCCGCCCACCCUGAGGAGCGUUGAUGAUAUGGAUUCAAAACUGAAAGGAGUAGGAAAAUCCAGAAAGUUCUCGAAAUUUAGCCUCUACAGACAUCUCCACAGGCACCACCUGCACGAUGCAGACAGCAUCAGCAGCAUCGACAGUGCCUCCAGUUAUUGUAAUCACUGUAGAAGUCGUCAGAAUUUAAUCCAUGGUUUAAAACCCCACCUGAAACUCUUUCACUCUUCCAGUAAGUCUGAGCAGGGACUCACUAGACCUAAUGUUGACACCAGCUCCCUCCGCAGUUUACAGACAGGCAUGGGAGAGCUCCAUGGGGAAACCAGGUUCUGGCAUGGAAAGGACUACUGCAAUUUUGUGUUCAAAGACUGGGUUCAACUUGAUAAACCUUUUGCUGAUUUCAUUGACAGGCACUCCACUCCCCGGAUGCCAUGGCAUGACAUUGCCUCUGCAGUUCACGGGAAGGCAGCUCGUGACGUAGCACGUCACUUCAUCCAGCGCUGGAACUUCACGAAGAUAAUGAAAUCAAAGUAUCGGUCCCUUUCGUAUCCUUUUCUGCUUCCAAAAUCUCAAACAACAGCCCAUGAGCUGAAAUAUCAAGUGCCUGGGUCUGUCCAUGCCAAUGUACAGUUGCUCCGCUCUGCUGCUGAUUGGUCGGCUGGUAUAAAGUACCAUGAAGAGUCCAUCCACACUGCUUAUAUCCAUGUGAUAGAGAACAGCAAGCACUAUAUCUACAUAGAGAACCAGUUUUUCAUAAGUUGUGCUGAUGACAAAGUUGUGUUCAACAAGAUAGGUGAUGCCAUUGCUCAGAGGAUCCUGAAAGCUCACAGGGAAAACCAGAGAUACCGGGUGUAUGUUGUGAUACCGCUGCUGCCAGGAUUUGAAGGAGACAUUUCAACGGGUGGAGGAAAUGCUCUGCAGGCAAUAAUGCACUUCAACUACAGAACCAUGUGCAGAGGAGAAAAUUCCAUCCUUGGGCAGUUAAAAGCAAAGCUUGGCAAUCAGUGGAUAAAUUACAUAUCAUUCUGUGGCCUUAGAACGCAUGCAGAGCUUGAAGGAAACCUAGUCACUGAGCUCAUCUAUGUCCACAGCAAGUUGCUAAUUGCUGAUGACAACACUGUUAUUAUUGGCUCUGCCAACAUAAACGACCGAAGCAUGCUGGGGAAGCGUGACAGUGAAAUGGCUGUCAUUAUACAGGACACAGAGACAGUCCCUUCAGUAAUGGAUGGGGAAGAAUACCAAGCUGGCCGGUUCGCCCAAGGACUUCGGCUGCAGAGCUUCAGGGUUGUCCUUGGCUAUCUUUCUGACCCAAGCGAAAACAUUCAGGAUCCAGUGAGUGACAAAUUCUUCAAGGAGGUAUGGGUUGCAACGGCAGCUCGAAAUGCUACAAUUUAUGAUAAGGUGUUCCGGUGCCUUCCCAAUGAUGAAGUACACAAUUUAAUUCAAUUGAGAGACUUUAUUAGCAAACCCAUAUUAGCAAAGGAGGAUCCCAUUAGAGCCGAGGAAGAACUGAAAAAGAUCCGUGGGUUCUUGGUGCAAUUCCCCUUUUAUUUCUUGUCUGAAGAAAGCCUACUGCCUUCCGUUGGAACCAAAGAAGCCAUAGUGCCCACAGAGGUUUGGACUUAAGGGUUCUAUUCAUUUGCAGCUCAAGAACUCCCACCUCGAAAGGUACACUGCACACACAGUGACAUUCUGGAGACCCUCACAGCCAAAGCCAGCCCCGAUGCACUAUUGUAUCCAACCCACAGACCCUUUGGAUUGGCUGGGCAGGGCUGUGGUCCUACUGAUAGAAGGAUGCUGAACAUCAGGUGGGCUUUAUAAUUCCUCGUGCUUAUCCUUGUAAAAAGGGACUGCAUUCUUAAUGGUAGCAUAUGCUCAACAACUUAAACACAUACUCAAAUUCCAUGAUGUACAUCAAAAUGCAUUUCCUUUACUAACAAGAAUUUACCUGUACCUGUGAUCCAGGUAGCCAAAAAUUGUCUAAACCUUUUUGUUCUCCUCUGACCUUCAUUUAUGCAGCUGGUGACUGACUGCUGGACCUGCCCUCAUUUCAUAGUGCAUACAGACACCGUUUGAGACAUUGUUUAAUAAUAGAAGAUGUGAGGCUGCUUCCAGGUUCUUCAAGGUUACUUGAGAUACCCCUGCCCAUCUGAUCCUGAAGUCAUAGUGUUUACCCACCCAAGAUGUGGGCCUUAUUCCUUUUCAGUGACUGAAGGCACAGGGCAGAUGCUAUGUACAUAGCAGCCCAUGUAAGGCACUUCUGAUAACAUUGACACUAUAGAUCUUAACACCACAGAGGAAUAGGAAGGAAUUAAAUUUGGUUAUUGAGGCAGAGAUUUCACUUUGCCUCCAAAGGCAGUGACAAGAUAUGUUCUUUUGAUAGGGCCCACCUGAUCAAAUUUGAAAACAUAUGUAGGAUAUUUCAUUACACAGCAACUGAUAAAACUCAGAGCAUGCAGCCUUCAGAAACCUCCAAGGUGUCAGCAGGGAUCUGAUUCAGACAAGAAGAGGAGAUUUCUUAUAGUCCUGGAAAAUGUCCUAUCAUCCUUAGCUGCUGGACUGAUUGAAAUUUGAGUUUCUGCAUUUGAAAAUCAGACCAGUGAAUGCAUUUUGUCUUUCAAGAGAAUCAGAGGCUUCAUAACUCCUACCACAUUAAUAAGUUAGGAGCCUAACCUUAGUUGACAUUCAGCUCUCCAGCUAUGUUAUCUUCUUUAAGAAAAAUUAAUUGAUUGCAAAAUAUGUGCUACUUAACUUGCAUUAUUCAAUAUACAUUAACAUUCCACCAGGCUUCUAAAGAGGUUAGGAUCUUUAUUAAUUCACAUCGUCCUGGUCUAUGAAUUGUUCUGGAAACCCGUUUUUCCUUUUUGAAUUCUAGCACACCCUUUGGUACACCAUAGCUCUAAUUUUACAAAGCAGAACUAUUCUUCUAGCCUAAAGAGCUGAUGUAGGUUCCCAAAAGGCCUGUGCUCAUAAAACAUGGUGUGGGGGCAUUGAUUACACACGUAUGGAUUACCUGGGCAGAACCUCAUUUGAGCCAUUCUUCAAAGAGGCAAGGACCCAAUCCAUUUUCGUGGAGCUAAUAGGCCAAUGGAAAAGGUUAAACAGGAGCACAAAGUCAAUAAUCUGGGUGGGUAGGAGAGAGUGUCACAUUCACAAAAGGAUUUCACAGCCAGAGAACAUUUCAGACCAAUGAGGUAGAACUGUGCUUUAUGAAUAAAUAGUUUCUCAGAUAGCUGAAGAUGGUGAAAAAUGACUUCAUUCUAUAGCAGCUGUACAUAAGACAUUUGCUAUUUAUGAAGUUUAGAUUGGCAUUGAAAGUGCUGAGUGUAUAUGGAAUACCUAAGGAUGUCUUAUACUUUACUUUUAAAUAUAUUGUAAACUGUAGAACAGUCAACAUGCUGGCUUUUGAUUUUGUGCAAGAUGCUCCUUUAACACCAUGAAAAAUAAAAGCCUAAAAGCACCCCUUCUCUUUUAAAAAAAAAUCACAUAAGCCAACCUCUCCCCAUUUUAUAGAUGAGGAAACUGAGGCCCAGAUUGUUUGAAGGACUCACUUGAGUUUCACUCAAUUGAGAGAUGGUGGAGGCAGGACUAAUGAACUUGCUGUGGUUCAUUACUGGCCUCUCCCUUGACUUCAACAUUGUCCAAAUGCAAGGAGAUGCAGUAAACAGAUUUCAGGCAGGA